AUGGACUCCUCUGUCAAUUCGAGCGCUGGGUAUACUCGGAGCGAGACUGACGUCGAGGGAUACACCCGCAUCAAAAACCUCUUUAUUCCUAUGCGCGAUGGCGUCGAACUAUGUGCAGACUUAUUCUUGCCCUUCUCAACGAGCAAGUAUGGACAAAAGACCCCGGUACUCUGCAGUCUUGGACCGUAUGGAAAAGAUACGCAUGCGUCUGUCUUUGGGCUGCCUCAGACCCCUAUUUAUGCCGAGAUGUACAAGCACAUCAAGCCCCUGGGUCCUGAUGCGUGUUUCGAGCUAUGCGAUCCCCUGAUCUGGACGAAAGACUUUGGCUAUGCUUUGUUGCGUGUCGAUGCGCGAGGGAUUGGCGGAAGCCAAGGAAAGCUUGACCCAUUCGGGCUGGAACGCUCACUUGUUAUACAAGACGAUGCCGAAGGGCAAGAUCUCUACGACGUUGUCGAGUGGGCAGGCACGCAAAGCUGGUCCACCGGCAAAGUGGCAUUCUCAGGGAUUAGCUACUACGGUAUGGUCGGGUAUUGGGCUGCGAUGCAGAAGCCGCCUCAUCUGACGUGCGUCGUGUCCUAUGAAGCUCAGUGCAACAUGUAUCAAUCUUCUCGACGAGCUGGGAUAUACAGUCACAACUUCCAGUCUCACUGGUAUAACAACAUUGUCGUACCUCAACAAGCCGGCCGAGAUGGUGGGAUUCUUUCGGAAGAAGCGUUGGUGAAAAACAGAGUGGACUUUCCUGGGGUAUGCUUGAACACAGAGUAUCCUACAGAGGGCGUCUGGGAUGUUCUAGGUAGAGUGCGGAAACUGUCUGGCAUUGAAGUUCCGAUAUAUCUCGCCGGAAACUGGACGGACCCUGAGCUCCACCUCCCGGGAAAUAUUCGAGCCUAUAACGGGGCAUCAUCCAAGUUUAAAUGGCUGGAAAUGCACACGGGAAAUCACCUCGCAGCUUUUUACGAUCCCGAACACAUUAGACGGCAGAGGCAGUUCCUGGAUUAUUUUCUCUUCGCCAAGGCGGACAAUGGGAUGAUGGAUGUCCCUAAGAUCCGACUGAUUCAGCAUCACGGCACUUCAACCUUUUACCGAGAGAGCGAACAAAGAUUUCCACCCCCGGACUCCGAAGAUGUGACAUUCUAUCUCAACCCCAACAAGACAUUGAGCUUGGUGGAGCCCAAGGAACUGAAAAUGGCUUUUGACUAUCAAGGCUUGAGAGACAACAUCGAGUUUACCUUGGAUUAUCCAUUUGCGGACUCAUUUGAAAUCUUGGGGUCGCCUUAUUUGGAACUAGAGGUGGUCACCGAGGCUCAAGAUCUGGACCUUUUUAUCUACCUGCGAGCACUCACAGCGGAUAGACAGCCUAUUAUCCUCGUCGGAAACCACGGUGAGCCAAUGGACAGCUUUGCUAGAGGCUACUUCCGCCUCUCGCACCGUAAAGAAAUCGAGACAGACUUUACGAGGGACAAAGUCAUCAGUCAGCCCCCUGUUCCCAAGUCAGACGUGGUCCCUGGGAAGAAGUAUACCAUAACAGUGCCGUUGUUUCCAGCAGCAUUUUUGUUCGACCAAGGACAAAGCUUGCAGCUUGAGAUUGGCUCUGUGAACAGCAAGUCGGUUAUACCGGCCAUGAGACACGAAGGUGGUGAUAGGACUGAGGAAAGGUUUGGUGGUAGGAAUGUUAUUUUCUCACAUGGGAAGCUUGUUCUUCCUCGAGUGCACCGGGCUUGA